GAGGGCUUCGACACGCGCGGGUUCCGCGCGCGCCGCGGCUCGGUCGCGGGGCUGCUGCGGAGGCGCGGGCCGAGGGCCCCCUGCGAGAUGCGCGGGCGGGCGGCCUUCGCGCGCUCCGCGCGGACGGUCCAGAGGAGGCGCCCGAGCCGCGGGGCUGGCCGCCAGGAGGCGCGGGCGGGCCUGCUCCGCGAGUGCCGCGGGGCGCUGCGGGACGCCCACGCCGAGCUGCGCGCGCGCUCGCCCGGCGGCUACGGCUGUGGACAUCUCUGGCCCGCCAGCGCCGAGAUCGCGGACUGCGAGUCCGCGGCCGCCUGCCUGGGCUCUGCCAGCGGCCAGUGGCACGACCCGGAGGCAGACCUCAGCGACCUGAGCACCUACGACGGCGACGCCCAGCCGCCGCCCUUCCCCGAGUCUGGCGCCCUCAGCACGUGCGAAGCAGAGGCCUGUGCCCUCCGCGCGGCAGACCUCAGCGACCUGAGCACCACCUGCGACGGCGACGCCCCGCCGCCCUCCGAGUCCAACGCCGCCAGCACGGCAUGGUGCCGUACCUUGCAGCACCCACCUGCCGACAGGGCCGCGGAGGUGGUGGAGGCGCCAGUCUCGUUCGAGCAGGUGCGCGAGAAGUUCUUGCGCGACCACGGGAAGGCGAUCCGCCGCAGCCUCGAGCAGUGCCUCGAGGGGCAGUUGAGCUUGAGGCCAGCACCUGUGUCGGCCAAGGUCCAGGAGCAGUUCAUGGGGGCCUACCGCGACUGCGGCCUUGAUGGGCCUCGGCCCACGGCCAGCUUGGCGCCCACGUUCCAUGGGACGCACGCGGGCAACCACGACUCCAUCUUCGCCCACGGGCUGCUGAUCCCUGGGCAGGCCGGCGUCAAGGUCCACAACGGCUCCUCGCACGGCAGGGGCGUCUACACCUCCAGCGUGGAGAGCGCGUGGCUGUCGGGGCAGUUCUGCUCAGCGCCCCGCAUGCUCGUCUGCGGCGUCCUGGACGACGCGGUGACGCUGACGGCCGCCUACAGGCUGGGGAACUUCAUGGUGACGGCGGAGUCCACCUCCGUGCGGCACGUCGGGGAUCGUGUCUCAGAGAGCGCCCCGAAGAGGUGGUCGUCUUCGACGCCCGUCGCGUCGCGCCGCUCUUCGAGGCCUCGGCCGAGCGCCUCGCCGCGCGCGGCGCCCGAGCGCCCGCGCCGCCGCCGCCGGCCCCGCGGCAGGCCGCCAG